CAAAAACAAUAUCAGUAAUGUCUUGGUAAAGGGUUCUCGCAAAAGAUUCUGGACAACCCCUAGAAUCCAAUGCUCUGCUUGCCAUUACAUGUUGUUACAUAGUCAUAUCUGGCCCCCCUCUUCCCUCACUCUCUCGCACGCGCGCACUUUUCAAAACCCUUUUUAUCCUUUCCACCGCAAAACAAAUCGAAGAAAACAAGCACAACACUCUCUCUCAAUCUUCUUCGCAUCCCGUUUAAAGGGUUGCUCUCUCUCUUUUUUCUUUUUUGUUUUUUUUUGCUGCUAAUAAUAAUGGAUGGUCAAAGGAAUGACCAUGGCAAAAGAUCACAGCAUUCACAAUCUGAUUAUGGUGGGGGUAAAAGAAGAAACCCUGGAGACGACCCUUCUGACCAGCAUACUGUUACCAAUGAAGAUACGGUCUAUCGUUAUUUAUGUCCUUUAAGAAAGAUUGGUAGUAUUAUUGGUAAAGGUGGAGAGAUUGCUAAGCAAUUAAGGGCGGAUAGUAAGUCAAAUAUUAGGAUCAGUGAGGCAAUGCCGGGUUAUGAUGAGCGAGUUGUUACUAUUUUUAGUUCCAGUGACGAAACUAAUCUUUUUGAAGAUACUGGUGAGUAUGUUUGUCCUGCUCAAGAUGCGCUUUUUAUGGUUCACGAUAGGGUUAUUGCCGAGGACUUGAAUAAUGCUGCUGCUGCUGAGGAGGAGGAGGAGGAUAGGUUUGGGGAGGUGCAGCAAGUUACUGUGAGAAUGCUUGUGCCCACGGAUCAAAUUGGUUGUGUUAUUGGGAAAGGUGGACAAGUUAUUCAGAAUAUAAGGAGUGAGACUCGUGCGCAGAUUCGGAUUACCAAGGAUGAGCAUUUACCUCCUUUGGCUCUGAGUACUGAUGAGCUUCUCCUGAUACAUGGAGAACCUUCUGUUGUGAGAAAGGCACUUUACCAAGUGGCAACACGGCUUCAUGAGAAUCCAUCUCGGUCACAGCACUUGCUAUUGUCUUCUUCAGCCAACACAUAUCAAUCUGGUGGCAUGUUUGUCACUGCAAAUGCUGGAGCCCCUCUUUUGGGUCUAUAUGGCAAUUAUAAAGGUAGUUGGUCAUCAUCCUUUUACCCGGACCAGAGAGAUGAAGCUUCUGCAAAAGAUUUUUCUCUUCGUUUAGUUUGUCCCAUUGCAAACAUCGGAGGUGUGAUUGGGAAAGGUGGCGGAAUCAUCAAACAAAUUCGACAGGAAUCCAGGGCUUCUAUUAAAGUUGAUAGCUCAGGGGCUGAAGGAAAUGAUUGCAUAAUAUUUAUAUCAGCAAAGGAGUUCUUUGAAGAUCAAUCUCCAACCAUGAAUGCAGCACUGCGCAUGCAACCACGAUGCAGUGAAAAAACUGAAAAGGAAUCAGGUGAUUCUGUAAUCACCACCCGUCUGCUUGUGGGAAGAUCACAAAUUGGAUGUCUUAUGGGGAAAGGUGGGGCAAUUAUUUCAGAAAUGAGGAAUCUAACAAGGGCAAACAUCCGGAUUAUUUCCGAAGACAAUCUUCCCAAGGUUGCUGGUGAAGAUGAUGAGAUGGUGCAGAUCACCGGAAGCCUUGAAGUUGCUAGUAAUGCUCUUUUACAAGUGAUUUUAAGGUUGAAAGCCAAUAUAUUUGGAAGAGACGGAGCACUAACUACAUUUCCACCAGCUCUUCCGUACAUUCCUGUGUCACUAGAUACAUCAGAUGGUCCAAAAUAUGGGAGCCGAGACAGACAAUCACGUGGGCGCGGAUACUCUUCUUCAUCUAGUGGAUAUGGUUCUCAUGAUGUGAACCCAAGUGAUAAUUAUGGAAGUAAUGGAGGUCCGCUGAUUGGUGGUGAAGGCAGUUAUGGAGCAUACGGUGGCUUCUCAUCUGGUCGUUCUAGUGGUGCUGGGUUAUCUGGUAAGAACCCUGUUUCCCAAAGAAAAAAACAUGGGUAUUAGUCCUGUAUUCUAUUCCAGGGCCAACAGGUAGAUAAUUUCUCCAUCCUCUACUUGCUUAUCCUUAUGAUUCAAUAAGUAUGCUGGUUUCUGUUUUCUUUGCAAUUGAAGAGGACAUUACUACACAUUGAUGUCUAACCCGGCCAUCCUAGUUUUAGAAUUCUAAUUCACCUUUUUGCCUCUGUUGCCUUCCCUGUACAAUCUAAACAGCAGUGAUCUACAAAUCCUGAUGCCGCCCUUUGCCCUUUGACGAAGCCUUCAGCCUAAGUCAUAAAAGAUCAGAUGAACAGGCUUUGACAAAACUAUGCUUCACCUUAUCCCACCUUCAGAUGCUUUAUUUUGGAUAUCUGUUGAUGUAAUUCACCAUUCAAUCAUUUGUGAACCUUGACACCAGUAACUAGCAAAGCUUAUAUAUCUUGCUCCAGAUGUUACAUGCCAUCAGCAUGCUUAUCUGCAAUGAUGAUAUGAUGUAUUUCUAUGUAAAAGAUUUGUGAUUGGCACUCGUGUAUUUUUGUCAUUAAUAUAACGAGGGAGAUUUUUAUAACUGAAUUCUGAAAGCAUAUGGUUGUAUUGGUUUUUAAUCUGUGGGUUUACAGAUCAUGGCAAGGUCUUGGAAAACUUUAGGUUGCUGUAAUUUGGAUUUUACCAUAUCAGUCUUGGCGAAGACAUUCUUUUAUUUCAAUUUUCUUUUCUUUUCUUUUCUUUUUUUUAAUUUGCAUUUGUAAUUUCUUUGUGGCCAAUGGUUUGCCAUUACCUUUAUGCAGAGAGGGAACUUUUGGAUUUCUUCUAUUUAUUCAAAAAUUGAUUUCUUCUUUAAUAUUUUGCAUCUCUAUUUUUCAUGUCAAUUGGUAGGCUGGAAAUACUGAUAUGAAAAUGUUCUAAUAUUUCAAAUUGCUUUCAAGGCACAUCUCUUGAUGGUCUGUGUUCAGGUUUGUUUCAUAAGCUGUGGGAAAUCACAAUUAGUUUAGCUGGGAGGUAGUUGCACACAUCCCUCUUCUAGCUGAUUCACAAAUUGCUGGCAUGGUGAAGGUGAAAUCAGCUUGAGGGGUAGGCAUAUUCUAUACAUUGCAUCUUAGUGUUCAUGGCCAUUAGCCUUGGAUGGAUGUGUUGAAGUCCUUUGUGCAAUUAAUGUGGCAGGUUUGAUGCAUCAACUAUUUUCAUUUGCAUCACCAGCAGGUAUGUUUCUUUGCUCCUGGUUUUCAGUAAGCAGGAUGUUUGUACAGGUCAUGACCUGGCUGCCUUAUUGGUAAUUAGUUAGCUGGUUGCUGUUGUAUAACAAUGCAAGAACACAAAGAAAGUCAGGCAUGAUAUCAUUGUCUGUUUGAUGCCCAGCAAUUUAAAAUUGGUUAAGUAGGUUUUCCCAAUACUAAUAAAACUAGAUGCUAUUUCCACGUUCUUUUAUGGCACUGGUAUUCAAUCUCAUCUCGUCUAUGGAGACAGACUCAAGAAACAAGUGAGAUUGCCUUAUUUUUGGAUGUGUUCACUGGUAUGGUUACCGUGUUGAGCGAUCAUCACUUUUGAACAUAGAAAUCCACUAAAUUAUGUAUGUAUACCUGUUUUUUCUGGUAUAGUUAUAUACCUAUGUUUUCAUUAUGCCUCGUUUCUUAAUUUUCUUGUGGAAGCACUCUCAUCGAACUUUGAUUUGUUGUUUUAUAUAAUGUUUCAGCAUAGUAGAUGGUAUCUGAUUCUUGGUUGUUCUACUUUCUUACCUCUCCAAUGCAGUUAAAUAUGAGUGUGCAUGUGGGAUUCUUGAUGUGGCUGGGACUAUUGGAGUCAAAUUUGAGUAAUCGAUUUGAUAGUGCAGUGCAUUCAAUUAUCUGGAAAACUAAUGUGUAGUAAUUAAUUUGUGUUUUGCUUAUAUUGUGAAGGGUGAAGAAUGCUUUCUGCUGCCGAACUCCUGAAUAGUUUCUCUUCUUUAAUGGCCUGUAAUAUCUUUUAGAGGUAGGAUUUUGUCAUGAAUAAGAUUUUUGUAUUAGCUGA